UCUUAGGGAGGUGUUAUCUGAAAAACGAAAGAAGCGUGUAAGAUUAAUUUCCGGCGGUGCGACAGAGUUGGACUUGGACAGAUCUGGAGAUUCCUUUAGGCAAUAUUCGAGGCCGGCUGCAUCUUUGCUUUCAAAACAAGAGGUUAAUCGAAAGAAAUGUUCACAUGUCAUGGAAUAUAUAAUGAUCCUUUCUUAUCUUGGAGUGUUUGGAAUUAUUGGAGUCCUUAUAAGGUAUGGAUUACAAAUAUUAUUUGGACCAAAUGUAGCGAAUGUGACAAAUAAAAAUACUGCUCUUUAUAUUGAUCUUCCUUCAAAUAUGGUUGGAAGCUUUUUCAUGGGAUGGGUUGGAGUUGCAUUCAAAAGAAAUAUUUCUAUUUUCUCUGAAGCAUUGGCCAUUGGACUAUCAUCGGGAUUGAUGGGAAGCAUUACUACAUUUACAUCUUGGAUCCAAGCAAUGGUAAACCUAGCAACUAAAGGACAUUGGAUAACUGGAAUUUUUGGUCUUCUUUUAGGUAUGGAAUUGGCCCAAAUGUCACUUGAACUAGGGAUUGAAUCUACAAAGCUAAUUACGUAUGCUCAUAUUCAAAUAAAGAAGAAACAACUUGCCUUGACAUGGAUGCCAUCUAGUGAACACUAUCAAUGUGGUUUAUAUGGUUUUAUCUUGUUUAUGUUCAUCUUUGCAAUAUUAUGGGGAGGAAGCCUUGUUUUAUUAGUGUUUAAUUUUACAUCCCAACAUAAGGCAAAAUUGUGGAUGGCUUGUAUGGUUGGACCAUUUGGAGUAUGGGCAAGAUGGUAUAUGGCACGCCUCAAUGGACAAGGAAUUGGAGCAAAAAAACACUUAAAAUGGCUGCCAAUAGGAACAUUGCUUACGAAUCUCAUGACAAGCAUUGUUAUGGCUGCAUUAUCAACAAUUCACCAAGUGGUUAAGGAUCGUACAGGAAAAAUUGUGAUAGAAUCCCUUCAACUUGGUUUUCUAGGGUGCAUGAGUACUGUCUCUGCAUUUGUAGUAGAAGUUCGAGCCAUGCAUCAAAGCAAUCACUCCUGGAGGGCUUAUGUAUAUAUAUUAUUGUCUUUAUUUCCAGCAUUUAUUUUUGGAAUUUUGAUAUACUCAAUACCAACAUGGUCUAGAGGUUACUCUCAAACAUAAAAUAUGCAAUGUUUUUUAAUAAAUUUAAAAUCCAUACAAUUAUUUGAUUUGUUUACUAAAUGUAUUUUGGUUUUUUAAAAAGCCAACUAAUACUUUUAUGAUAAAUCAUUUAUGUAAAAGAGAUAUUUUAA